GGCCCGAGCCCGCCGCGUCCCCGGCUCCCGCGAGCAUCUCGCGCUGCUCCGCCUGGCGCCUGCCCUCGGCCCGGCCGGAUGACCCGUCGCCUGUAGCCGCCGCCGCCCCCUCCCGGCCCGGCCCGGGACCCGGCACAGGUUGAAGAAAUAUGGAGACCGACACUAAACUGGUUAUCAGCACUUUUUGUACCAGCUUUCUCACCUUUCAGUUUCUUUUCCAUUUUGUAAGUUACUGGUUUUCUGAAAAAAUUUCUCCAGGUUUCAGAAGUCUCAGCUUGGAAAAGAAGAUUGAAUGGAACUCAAGGGUAGUAUCUACAUGCCAUUCUUUGGGGGUUGGGAUUUUGGCCCUAUAUAUUUGCUUCUUUGAUGAGCCUACUAGAGCUGACCCACUUUGGGGCGAUUCAUUACUUGUGAAACUGAAUAUUGCUACUGCUUCAGGCUACCUCAUUUCUGAUUUGUUGAUUCUCAUUUACUAUUGGAAAGUGAUUGGUGACAAAUUUUUCAUAAUUCACCAUUGUACGGCAAUAUAUGCAUACUUCAGUGUGUUGAGGUGUGAAGUGCUGCUGUACGUCGCAAAUUUCCGACUGCUCGCUGAGCUUUCCAGCCCUUUUGUGAAUCAGCGGUGGUUCUUCGAAGUUUUGAAUUAUCCUAAGUUUUCCAAAGCUAAUGUCAUCAAUGGAAUUCUUAUGACAGUGGUGUUCUUCAUUGUUCGGAUUGCUGUAAUGCUUCCUUUUUAUAGCUUCCUGUAUUCUGUCUAUGGAACAGAACCCUACAUCAGAAUGGGAUUUGUAAUCCAAUGUACUUGGUUCAUUACUUGUAUUAUUUUGGAUGUGAUGAAUGUCAUGUGGAUGAUCAAAAUCUCUAAAGGGUGCAUCAAAGUCAUAUCUCUCAUCAGACAAGAGAAAGCCAAUAAUAGUCUUCAGAAUGGAAAACUUGAUUAAAGGUGAGGUUUGUCAAGCACCUUUGUUUAAAUAAGCAAUCUUCAUUACUACUCAGCAUUAUAUCUACUAAUAGGACAAAUUGGCAUGUUCUUUGUGCUUUCUUAUGAAUUACAAUUAUUAUUCAGGGUUUCCAUGUUAUAUUUUCUUCUUUUUAGAAGAAACUAAAAUUUAGUCUUCAUUCUAAGAUUUUGUCUUUUCUUCUGCAUUAUAAGCAUGGAUAAAAUCUUAAAGUGUUAAAUGAAAACUAUAGAUAAUAGUGGUGAAUCUUUUCAGAAAUCUUAUAGCCUGCUUUAGUAUUUUUCUCUGUGGAAAGAUGACUGUGAUAAUUCAGUGCAUUUGGUGUGCUACCAUUUUUGGUGAAAAGAUAAAAAUUAUAAAUCUGUAAAUAACUUUCAACAUUUUUUUGCAUUGUAUUCUUUUCUUAUGUCAACACAUGUGAAGGAUUUUAUUUCCAAAUUGUUGACAUGAUCUUUUCCUUAGGUUAUUAAAAAUGACAUUUUCUACUUUAGAUAUGCAAUGAUCAAUUAAUGAUGAAGUAUUUUACUCACUUUGAAGAUUUUUCAUUAAUUUGGUCAUGGAAUAUACUUCCUACAUUUUAAGAUUUUUUUCUAUAUCACAUUACUAUUUUAGCAUUUUAUCAACUUAUUUCUUUUUAUUUUAUAGUAAGGCUUAAGGCAGAUACUAUGGACUUCCUUUAAGGAUGAGAUUCUUCUAAGAGUACACAUUGAUAAAUGGCUGGGUGAGUGACACCUUUUAGAGCUUUUAGUGAUACAGACAACUGCUGUGGUAUGUAUGCCAUGGGUCCAGCACCAGUGCACAAGGCCAAUACUGUAGAAGAAAUCAUUAAGAAAAAAUGUUUUAACACUACGGUCUGCUUCCUUUCAUUUUUUUCUAAGAAAAAUUUAUUAUUUCUAUUGGCAAACUCUCCUAAGAGUUCAGUUCCUGACAUCACCAGUACAGUCUUAUGCAGUGUGUUUUUGUCAUUUUCCUGAAAUAGGCCUCUUCUUGGUGAGACCACAAUGACAAAAUAAUCAGUAUUCAUGUCUCAGUUUACACACACACACUUGCUUACUCAGCACUUUGAGUGCUUUAAACUUUUGUCUUUCUUAAAAGAGCAGGAAGGAAUAAGGUAUUUUAAUCCAAGUAUUCUGGUUAUCAAAAUUAUUAUCUUACAUGGAGAGAAAGAGAGAGAGAGAGAGAGACAGAAAGAGAGAGAAUGUGUUCACUCUGGUUUUUGCAAUCUUAAUAUAGAAUUAUUUAUCUCUUGUUGCCUUUAUUUAUUUUUCUCAAGUGCUUGACUUUAAAGAUUGUUCUUAACCUAAGGAAAAAAAUUUAAUUCAACUAGUUGUAAGUACUUGAAUUUAAUUGAACCCAAACCAAAAUAUUCAAUCCAUUCAGUUUCCCAGCUUGAAGAAAAAUGUUUGAUUCAUUUUCACUGUUUGUGUGAUGGCGAUUAAAGGAGGCAAGUUGAAUGUAAUCAAGACUUUUAAUUUGAUUUGAUUGUCCAGUGUGGGCAGAGCCUAAUAAGUUCUAGAACAUUUAAAGAUGGGAGUUAAAAUUUCACUCAGUAACUAUGUGAUGAAAUGAGUUGAUUGGCUUUUAAAAGGUACAUUUAUUUUUGAUGAACUAAUGUAAAGUAUAAGUACUUGUUUUUAAAAGUUACUAUUCAUAUUGAUAAUUGAUCAUUAAAUUUGUUGAUGUCCAUACCAUAGUCACUUAAAUAUGUAUUGGCUGUAUAGAGGGUGAAGGCAUAGGAAAGAAAGUGAUUUUAUCUUGUUCGUGCUCUUUUGCAAGAAAAGUGGCUUUUUAAAAAAGAAAAACAUUUAUAUUAUAAAACUAUUUUGAAAAUUCAUUCUUUUACACAAAAUAAACCUUGAAAUAAACAUUUUUGACUCCUUGGAUAUUUCUACAGUUCUGAACACAGAUUUUAAAAUCCACUAUCCAAUUAUACAAUAGAAAGCUAUGCCAGUGAGUUUCCAUGUAGUAGUUUCAAUAGCUGUUUCACGCUCGAAGCUUCAUUUUUACCUUCACUCAUGUUACCGUUCACUAAUGGUAGAGAUGUUCGCUACUUCUUUAUUUCAAGUAUCGGAGUUUUAAACAAAGACUUGUUAUUCACUUAGUUUGGGAUCCCUACCUUAUGCUGGCUGCAUGACAGUUAAUCCCACAUCCAAAUUCAGUGUAUGAAAGUAAGUUAUAUAUGUUUCCUCAUGCAACGGAAUGAAAUGGAAAUGCAGUGUAGACUGUCAUACCACUUGAAGUCAGAUCUUUACAAGCUGUACUUUGCUGUUCUGGGAUUGUGUCCACUUACCUAAAAUACAAAUAAAGGCAGAACAUACCAUUCAUUAGACAAUGAUUUUUUCAUUUAUUAAAUGACAGACUUUUGCUAGACAUAAAGUAUUUUGACUACAUGAAUUAACUUAAAUGACUAUGUUAGGCAUUAUGAUAUUUAACACUAAUAAAUUAUUUGUAGAAAAUGAAAGCAAAUUGGUAUACAUUUUUAAGCAAUUCUAUUUUUCUAGAUAAGAUUAGUAACAACCUGAAUGUGUAGCACUCUAGAGAAUAAAUUAUUGUGAAAUUUAAAAAUGAAUGAAAAUCAACUAACAGCAUGCAAGAUCAUAGAUCCUGCAUUAACUCUUUUGUGAGAAUUUAAAAAUUAUGAGCCUGAGUUUAUAAAGUCUGCAUUCUUGUAUCUAAAUCUUGAGGAUUCUUUGCAUUUAUUUACAACUCAAAAUGGAGUUUUAUAUGAAUUAACUCAAUCUUAAAGUACCCCCUAGUAUGUUAACAAUUUUUUAUUCCAACUGUCAUUUUAUUUCAUAGACUAGUUCCAUGUUAUGAGAAAUGAGUUAUAUCAUUAUCUUUGAGUGACUUUGCUACAUUUCAGAUGACUCAGUACUGUCUUAAAAGUUUUAAUAACUGCCUAGUUUAUAGGCAUUGGAAUAAAAUUAUUUUCUACAUUUUAAUAGUUGACACAGGUCAAAUUUUUCACUAGUGUCAAUUUUUAAAUUGUCUACUUUCUCUGAGACACAUUGGGCACCAGGGAAGUGUGCUUCAUGGUGUGAAGGGCCAGCUUUACUGUCACGUCAGUAUUUAUUGUCACGUAUUUAGCAACCUUUUCAUGGAGACACAGAGGGAAUGUGCAGGUUUCUGCUGUUCAUUUUUAAGAGAAAUAAGCAUGUUCCAAAAUGCCCCCUUAAAUGUUUGGAUGAAGCUUGCUUUUUAGAUUGCUCUUAGCUCCAAAUAUGUAAUUGAUGUUAUGAAUUAAAAGCUUGCUUUUUAGAUUGCUCUUAGCUCCAAAUAUGAAUUGAUGUUAAGUACUUUAGUCAGUUGUGAACGAAAUUGAAAAGCUCCCUAGUUUGUUGACAUGAUCAGUUAUAGUUCAUAGGAGCCUGUGUAUUUGUGUGUUUUGAUUCCCUAAGAAGCCAACAUAUCACUUUAUUAGGAGAGAGGCAUGGUGCUUUCAACAGGUAGGAGCCAGUGCAGCAGGGAGAGGUCUGCUGUCUAGGCACCUACUCUGGAAGCACUCAUACUGCCUGCCUUAACCACAGCUGGCUUACACUACAGCCACUGAAAGAGAAUUUUGAUACAAAACACACGUGAUGUUUGUAGCAACAAGAAAAGCUUGUUCAGGAUCUGGAGGAAACACCAAGACUGCUUUCCCUUAAAGGAUGAAAACUUCAGUCUAGAAGUUUUCUAAAUCCCUCCAAGUCCUUCCAUUUCUUCUGCCUACAUGCCAGACUUCAUCAGUGCCUCCUGGCGAUACACCAACAUGUUUCUGUGUCAGCCUGAAACCUCCCAUAGAUCUGUAACCUUUCCAAUCUGAAGAAGGUUUAAAAGUUUGCAAAUUGGUUCUCCUUGAAGAAAGGCAUUGUCAUGAAUUUAAUAAACCACAAUUAGGAGGCUAAAGGAAUCCAUUUAGCAUUUAAUAAUGCCUGUUUACAACAAAAAGCAAAGGUAAUUAUGAUUUUAUUUAGAAACUUAUCAUUACUUUUUCUUAAGCUUAUUUAAGCAAUGAGUUUUGUGAAGUGUUUAAUGUAGGGGUUUAUUGUAGGAAAGUAAAUUACGUGAAUGUUCUUAGACCCCAUAUAAGCCUAGGAGAGUAGGGAGUUGAGCUAUUAGGAGGUGGGAUAGGGUGGGGAAGGAGUCCGUAUUCAGCAGAAUUAUUUUAGAGUAUGGCUUUUCAAUAGAGCAAACUUCGUUCUGCUAAUAUUUCUUUAAAAAUAAGCUUACUAACUCAUAGAUUGUUUGGUAUUUCCAAGAGUGCCAUCACCUAAGAGUUCAAGCCCUACUCUUUUCUCACUCAGACUUCAGACAGCCUCUACUUACUUUGAUAACAUCAUACCUUGAUUGGAAGAUAUUUUGCAUACCAGUAAAGAUUGGUAGGCAGCUCCUAAAGAUUGGUUUUGGCAUUGAAAAUGUUUACACUUCUCUGAGCAGCAGAGUUCUGGUAUUAGACCCUGAAUACGAGACCAAACAUAAUUUGAAACAUUUCUAAAUCUCAAAGAUUUAUAAUACCUCUGGCUGAAAACUUGUUAAACAUCACCUACAUUUUUUCUUUAUAUUUUUCUGUAAUUCUGUAGUGAAAUGUGCAUUACUUACUUGCUAUUCUUGGUUAAUGAAAUCUAAAAAUAUAUUUGUAAAUAAAAUGUGCUGUGUAUUUUUGUUUUUUGCUUAUUUCAUUUCUGGUAUGAUUGUGUCUUCUUUUUACCUACUGGACUUUGUGUGGUAAUACUUAUAACUAGGAUAAGUUAUAAGAUUUUUUUUGGUAAUUGUUAGAAUUUGUAAUAAUAACACCAUUUAGACAUUAUUGGAAAAUCUACUUGAAAACUGCAGGACAUGCAAUAGCUAGAGUGAUAUAUAUAUAUACGUAUAUUAUAUUUGUAUAUAUAUAGAGUUUUUUGAGACUGUAUGAUGAAGAAUUGUUAAAGUUUUUGGAAGUCUCUCAAAAUACACUUAAUAUUUGAGAACAUACUUUGUAAUUUCCAUAAGGCUGAAGAAUUGUGUUUUAUUUACAAAACAUAAGACUAGAUAGUUUAUAAAUCAGUGUUAUUAAGACAUCAAUAAUUAGAAUACGAUUUAGUAUCUUUAUUUUGGUUUCCAAUUGUGCUUUAUUUGAAUUGAUAAUAAAUGUCUUUUGGGAUUUUCAUUAAAAAUUUUGAAAUAUUUGUACAUUUUAUUUAUUAUGUGUGUCACUUUAAAGUAUAUGCAAGUUCUAAGCAAUAAUCUGCAUGUUGGAAAAGUCCAGCAUACUUUGUCAUGACUAUUUUAUUUAUAAUUUAUAAUUAAUUUUAAGAAUGAAAAAAUAUUAUAUAACCACCUCCCCACCAUGAACACUUUGGAAUUAUCUUGUGCUAGAACACUACUAUAAUGUAGUGCAAAGGUUUGUAUUUUGUGAAAAAAAAAGAAUAAAAUCACAAUUUAGUGCAAAA